AUGUCUGCUCCGACCCAAGGCACCGCCCUCCUCGUGAUGGACCUCAUCAACACCAUCGUCUCCCGGCUCCCGGACACAAAGGACUACCUCGCCCGCGUGGCCCGGGGCAUCGCGGCAGCCCGGGCCAAGAACGUCCCCGUCAUCCACGUCACGAUCCACUUCCGCCCCGGGUACCCCGAGGUGCCCCGCAGCCACCCGUUCUGGGCGCGGAUCGCGUCGACGGACGACUUCGUGCACGUCGAGGGCCAGAGGAACGAGGGGCUCGAGUUCGUGGCCGAGGCGGCGCCGCGGGAGGGCGAGGUCGUCGUCAACCGCCCACGCAUCUCGGCGUUUUACAACAGCGACUUGGAGGUCGUGCUGCGGAGCAUGGGCGUGAGGAAUCUUGUCAUCGCGGGCGUGGCGACGAGCGGCGUCGUGCUGUCGACUGUGAGGGAGGCGAUGGAUAGGGAUUACGGGCUUACGGUGUUGGAGGAUUUGUGUAUGGACCGGGACGAGGAGGUGCAUCGGGUUUUGACGACGAAGGUGUUUCCUAUUAGUGCGAGUGUGAUCAGCGCUGAGGAAUGGCUUGCGACGUUGUAA